CUUCAAGUACAUACAAUUGACAAAUCAUUUACUGAAGUUAGUUUACCAUUUGAUGCCUUGUGUGUGUCAGUGUGGUUUUGCUGUCUAAGAAUAAUGACUGAGGUGGAUAUCUUGAAGAGUUAUGGCCACAGCAGCCUAGUGCUGGUGGUCUAUAUCAUCACCUUCCUGAUUGGUUUCCCAGCCAAUGUUGUGGCCUUCUACACCUUCAGCAAGAAGGUGAGGCAGAAAGCCACACCUAUUGACAUCCUGCUCCUCAACUUAAGCAUCUCAGACCUCAUCUUCCUGCUCUUCCUGCCUUUCAAGAUGCAAGAGGCAAUGGACAAAAUGAUAUGGAACAUGCCAUACUUCCUUUGUUCAUUGACCAGCUUCAUCUUCUACACCACCAUCUACAACAGCACCUUCUUUCUGACCGCCAUUAGCGUUGAGCGCUACCUGGGGGUGGCCUUCCCCAUCCAGUACAAACUCAAAAGACGGCCUUUGUAUGCCAUGGUGGCCAGCAUCUUCUUCUGGGUGAUCUCCAUGGCACACAUCAGUAUUGUCUACAUCAUGCAAUACUUUGACCAAUCCAACACCAACUUCAACCAGACAGAACCAAUGUGUUACCUGACGUUCAGUGAAAAGCAGCUUCAGGUCCUAAUGCCUGUUCGUCUGGAGCUCUUCCUUGUUCUAUUCUGUGUUCCCUUCCUCAUCUGCUGCUUCUGCUACAUCAACUUUGUACGGAUCCUUUCCCAUCUGCCCAAUGUCAGUCCAAGGAAACGCAUGCGGGCCAUUGGCCUGUCUCUGGGGACUCUGCUGGUGUUCAUUGUGUGCUUUGCACCCUACAAUGUGUCACACGUGGUGGGGUUUGUCAAUUGGGUGAGUCCACCUUGGAGGAUCUACGCACUCUUGUCCAGUACCAUCAACGCCAGCCUUGACCCCAUCAUCUUCUACUUCUCCUCGUCGGCCCUCAGGAAUACCUUCCACAACCUCUUUAAGAAGUCGGUGGAGAGGAUGCAGAGGUUGUGCGGCUGCCCUAAGGCUCUCUCAUGCUCCAUUACAUCUUGUUCCAGAUCUCAGAGGGAGAGCACACAAUGCUCCAAUGACAGCUCGUUAUAGUGUAGACAGAGAUGUUGGACACUUUUUUUUUAGGGAUGCAAGAUUAAUCGAGUUAUGAUCAAAAUUGGGGUGUUGAAAUCCAUCUUGUGAUCUUCUGCAAAAAAAAUACUGGCAAAUGAGACGUGGGUCAGCUGUGUAGUUUAUCAGUCAUCAGAUUAUCUUGCUGGUGGUCCAUCAAAACUGCUGUACCCCAGUAGAGAUCGGGACCCAUCUUUGCCAUUUUUGUUUUAGUAGUAUAUUAGCUGGACACAUCCCAUAAUUCUUUGCAAUAAGUGCCAACCACAGACUGUGUAGUAUAGGCCACCUGGAAAGUGGGCUGAUAUAAGAUAUACUUUAUUUUCUCCUUAAACAAGACUUCGUUUUUAUGAUUCUUUCCAAUUUACAUUGUUUUGUUAAAAUGUUUGAUGGUUUUUCAAUGUUAACGUAAGGUCAAACAACAACUGCUGGCAAAUAUGUUUGUUUUAAGAUAGGAAGUGUCUCUGAGAUGUCCCACAUACACAACAACAUGGUUUUUAAGAGACUCAAAGAUGGUGCCUGCGGACAUACUUGAUAUCUGAGAAACCAUUGGUCAAGGGGUGAGAAGAUUUGUGUAACUUCAGGCAAAGGCACAAACAUAGCAAAUGUCAUUGAAUAAGCUAUGUAUGAUUACACUUGUUUGCACUUAAUUUUUACUUUUUUAGGCUAUGAUUUCUUUGUUCUAAGUGUUUGGAAUUGUCAUUUCUAAUCUUAAUUGCAAUAUUUGGCACAAUUCAAUAUACUAUCCAAAUUGUGAGGCCUAAGAAUAAAUUGCAAUAACACUUAAAUCUCUUUCGUAAGAAAAGCAUUUCUUGCAGCAUAAUGCCUUCGGGAAUUAUUUCAAGUUAUGUCACGUAGUCUCUAAAAAGAUUUCACAAAAAUGGGAUGCAAUAGUUUGCAUAAUACCCCCUGUUUGCACAAAUGUGUUUAUGUUGUAAGUAUGGGUUUGUUUGUAUUGAAACUUGAUUUAGCAAUAGAUUACACUGACAGAACUUUCAGUAUGCAAAACUGGGUAAAACAGAAAGUUGACGAUCAGCUCAUUAUUUUCUUAUUUUAUAUCUAAAUGAACAAUUGUAUUAUUUUACCAAUUCCUCUGAUGCAUUUGAUAAGUGAAGACAACUUUCUGAGAAAAAGCUAAAGCAGAAGAAAUGACUAAAGGAAGUUGGCGUAACUUUCUGGUCAAUCAAUGUAUCUGUGUUUUGUUAUUUGUAACUUUCUGUGGAUCCCAUAAAAACUGCCUGUUGCUUCGGCUGGAGUUAAUGGGGAUCAAAAUCAAUAGAUUACAUUUCAAAGUAAGUAGAAACUGUAAUCAGUAGAAACUCAAAAAUGUGCCUAGUAAACAAUAAGCCUGCUAAUGUGUUUUCAGUAAAUAUGUACUUGUACUUGGUAAAUGUCAAUAAAUAGGAAGGAAGUUUUUUUUAAAUGUUGAAGUCAUUAAAAAGUUAAAACUUUUAAA